CGUCGUUCCAUUUUUUCACCCUCCGAUCACUUUACCGUUGACCGAACCAGAGAGAAAAUCACCGAGAAAGUGAGGGAAAGUGGCAGAGAAAAUCCUAGAAAAUUGAUAAGGAGUCCGGGAUAAACCCUGAUUCGGGAGCCUGGAAUAAUCUUAGGUGGAGAGAUAGCGAUGAAGCACAUUUUUAAGAAGCUUCACAAAGGUGGAAACCACGAGCAAAAUCGGACGAACGAAGCAGUUCCACAGUCUCAAUCUCAGUCUCCUUCGGCUGCAUCCGAUCAAAAUCGGGUCAAUGUCUCGGGAAAUGCUCCGGCAAGCCCUUCCUCGGCGUCUCCUGCGGCGGAGACAAUCCCGACGAGCGGCGGAGCUAUUUUCGCGACUUCUCCUGCUCACGCUGGGGCAGCGAAUCACGCGGAUUAUAUAUCAUCGGAGGAGGAAUUCCAAGUGCAACUCGCGCUUGCGAUCAGUGCAUCCAAUUCGAAUGAUCCGGAGAACGAUCAGAUCCGAGCCGCGACGUUGUUGAGUCUAGAAGGGCGUCACCGGAUGGAAUCAGGGAGGGAUAAGUCCGAGGCAGUGGCGGAGACGUUAUCGAGACAGUACUGGGAAUACGGCGUGCUUGACUACGAGGAGAAAGUUGUGGAUGAUUUCUAUGAUGUGUAUAGCCUCUCUACAGACUCUGCAAGCCAUGGAAAGAUGCCAUCACUUGCAGAUCUUGAAAGCAACCAUGCGACCCCUGGCUUUGAAGCUGUAGUUGUAAAUAGAACAAUUGAUCCAUCCCUAGAUGAAUUGCUUCAAGUUGCCCAGUGCAUUGCCUUAGACUGUCCUCCUACCGGUGUUAAUUUACUAGUACAGAGGUUGGCCGAACUUGUUACAGGGCAUAUGGGUGGAUCUGCAGAAGAUUCCAGUAUAGUGGUGGCAAGGUGGACAGAAAAAAGCACUGACUUCAAGGCAUCACUAAAUACCUGUGUCUUCCCUAUUGGAUUUAUAAAUAUGGGCAUAUCCAGGCAUCGUGCUCUACUAUUCAAGGUAUUGGCAGAUAGUAUAAGGUUACCUUGUAGAUUGGUUAAGGGUAACCACUACACAGGCAAUGAGGAUGAUGCAGUGAACAUGAUAAAACUCGAAAAUGAAAGAGAGUACUUAGUUGAUCUAAUGACAGAUCCUGGGACGCUUAUACCUGCUGAUAUUCCAAGUGCUAGGGAUAACACCUUUAAGCCGUAUAAUUCAAAAGGAAGCAAGUUUCCUGGCCCCCAGUUAUCAAAUGACUUCAAGCAUUCAGUGUCAAAUCUGUCAGAUGGCAAAGGCAGUAGUCGUGAUCUUUUGUCCGAUGAUUACUCAGAUAGGUCAGAUGCUGGAAAGGCAGAAUCCUCAACUCCAAAGUUGGGGACGGCUCAGAACACAGGUUUAGGCACUUCUGGAACUUCUAAUGUGAUGAAUUCCGAUCAGUCAGAUAAUAUAUCCUCGACAGCAACCGGAGCCUCUAUAUACAAAGGGAAUCGAGCUUCCAUGAAUGACUGUUCAAGAACAAAAAUAAAUGUAGUUCCAUACAACCAAAGCAAUCAGGAAGACCCAAAAAACCUUUUUGCGGACCUUAACCCGUUUCAAAUCAAAGGAACUAGCAAUCUGUUUAUGCCUACAAAAUCGGGGUUGAAUAAAGUUGAUGAUUUUCAUCGGCAGAAAAAUAAUCCUGUGGCUGCUAGACCCCCUGCACCGAAGAUGUGGAAGAAUUACACUUGCAAUGAAGCCCCCAAGAGAAAGGAGAAUGCCUAUUUGGAGAACUUUUUCCCUAAACUUAACAUUGAACCUCAUAAUGGUAACUCUCUUUCAUCAUAUGCUUCUUCGAGUUCUGGUGUAGCUGGUUCAUCAAAUGUUUCUGGUAAAGACAACACCACCAUGGUGUCAUCAGCUACUGCUCAGCCAUUCUUCACAUCCAGUGGAGAUCAGUUCACAUCACGUGUGGUGGAGGAUGUAAACGAUAACUUCAACAGUAAAACUAGCAAUGCACAAGACAUCCAACCUAAUACUGCUUCUGUGGUACAAGAAUGCCUGAAUAAUCAACCUCUCCUCCAUGACCGUGGAAAAAAGUACACAAAUGGUGACAGAUCUGGUGGGCCUGGUCUGAUUCUGAAGGAUCCAGAAAGUUCAAGUUCAUUACUUGGUUCGUUAGCCCGCAGAACUAAUAAUCAAAUUCUUGAUGACCUAGAUGUCAGUGAAUGCGAGAUCCCAUGGGAGGAUCUUGUCAUCGGGGAAAGAAUAGGAAUAGGUUCCUACGGGGAGGUGUACCAUGCUGAUUGGAAUGGCACGGAAGUUGCUGUGAAGAAAUUUUUGGAUCAGGAUUUUUCGGGUGCAGCUUUGGAUGAGUUCAAAAGAGAAGUACGCAUAAUGCGGAGAUUACGCCAUCCAAAUGUUGUUCACUUCCUUGGUGCUGUUACUCGUCCUCCCAACCUCUCCAUUAUCUCUGAGUUCCUGCCAAGAGGAAGCUUGUACCGGAUUCUUCAUCGACCUAAUUCUCAAAUCGAUGAGCAACGCAGAAUUAAAAUGGCUCUUGAUGUGGCAAUGGGAAUGAAUUGCUUACACACCAGUACACCGACAAUUGUUCACCGUGAUUUAAAAUCUCCGAAUCUUUUGGUUGAUAAUAACUGGAAUGUCAAGGUUUGUGAUUUUGGAUUGUCUCGCUUGAAACACAACACUUUUUUGUCCUCAAAAUCAACUGCUGGAACGCCCGAGUGGAUGGCUCCUGAAGUUCUACGCAAUGAGCCCUCAAACGAGAAGUGUGAUGUAUAUAGUUUUGGUGUAAUUCUUUGGGAACUUGCAACUAUGAGAUUGCCUUGGCAUGGUAUGAAUCCAAUGCAAGUUGUUGGAGCAGUUGGUUUCCAAAAGCGCCGCCUCGAGAUCCCGAAGGAAGUCGAUCCCGUGGUCGGGAGGAUCAUUUGGGAAUGCUGGCAAACUGAACCAAAUCUGAGGCCAUCCUUUGCUCAGCUAACGGAAGCUCUGAAGCCUUUGGAGCGGCUCGUGGUUCCUUCACAUGCAACUGACCAACUGAACCAAACUCUCCCAUCGUCUUCCUGAUAGGAGAAAAAGCUGGGCGUCUCUGCUGUACAUUUUUACCCCCUUUGUUCUUUGUCACAAGCCAUGUGUUUUGCGUUUAGAGGUUUCAUGCAUAUAUAUAUAAAAAGCCUCGAGAUUGGCUUCAGACU